AUGAAGACAGAGAGAACAUGCAGCAGAGUGGAGCCAGUGACCCUCAGCAGAUGGAGCACUGCAGCUGGCCCAAGGACUGCAGCGAGGUCCCUGCUGGCAGCCCCAGCGGCGUCUACGUCAUCCAGCCCACAGGACUGCACCCCAUCGUGGUGUACUGCGAAAUGAAUGUGGCGGACGGGGGCUGGACGGUCAUCCAGAGGAACCGGCAGAGCACGGAGAUCACCUGGGCCGAGUCCUGGAGCACCUACAAGUACGGCUUUGGGAACGUGCACACCGAGUACUGGCUGGGCACUGAGUACAUCCACCAGAUCUCCAACCAGAAGGUCUACCAGGUCAGGUUUGUCAUCUGGGAUGCCGCAAACAACACCAAGUUUGCAGACUACAACCUCUUCAGCCUGGAAGAUGAGUCCCAGGGCUACCGGCUGAGGCUGGGAACGUACUCGGGGUUGGCAGGGGAUGCCAUGGCCUCAGACAGCACUUCCACCGUGCACGACAACAUGAAGUUCUCUGCUAAAGACCUGGAUCAGGACACUUCCAGCGGGAACUGUGCCUCCAGCUACGGGGGCGGGUGGUGGUACUCGGCGUGUUAUUCUGUACGGCUGAACGUCAAGGGGAGCAUAACGUGGGGCAGCCUGUGCAACGGGAACUGCAAAGCUUCUGCCAUCCUCAUCAAACCAGCUUCUUACUGCUAG